AGCCCGGUAAACUCCAUGCUAAAGCUGUCGGAGCUUCUCUGCCUCGCCGGCGUCCACGUCACCUUCCUAAACACGGAGCACAACCACAGGCGCCUCCUCGGCAGCACCGACGCCGGCUCCCGUUUCGAGAGGUACCCCGGAAAGUUGAGUUUCGAAGUUAUCUCCGAUGGGCUCCGGGAAGAUCACCCCCGUUCCGCGGAGGACUUUGAGGGUAUAGUGAAGAGUUUGCAGGGCGUGGCGGAGGCGCAUCUGAGAGAAAUGUUGAGGGCGGAAAGGGGAAGAAAGGUAACGUGCGUGAUAGCGGAGGGGAUGUUUGAUUACGCUUUUGAGAUUGGGAAAGAAGUUGGGAUUCCUGUUUUUGCGUUUGAGACUGUCAGCCCUUGCUAUUUAGGGGGUUGUCUCUGCAUUCCGAAACUCUUGGAUGAAAAGGAGGUGUUGGAUGAAAACUUGGUGAGAGAGCUCAAAAAGGGUUGCUUAGAGUGUGGGCGUAUUGUGAGUUGGGCCCCUCAAGAAGAGGUUUUGGCCCAUCCAGCUAUCGGGGGAUUCUGGACGCACAGUGGAUGGAAUUCGACUUUAGAAAGUAUUGUGGCCGGAAAGCCCAUGAUCUGUUGGGCCCAAUAUGUUGACCAGCUGGUCACCAGAAGGCUUGUAAGUGAAGUGUGGAAGAUUGGGGUGGACAUGGAAGAUAGGUGGGACCGUUUGAGUGUUGAGAAAAUGGUGAAAGAGCUUAUGAUGGGAAGCAGAAGGCAAGAGUUCAAGAAAUCAGCCCAGAAAUUUUCUAAGUUAGCCAGAGAAAGUGUGAACAAUGGAGGCUCAUCCUAUACUAGCCUUGACCACCUCAUAAAUGACAUAAGAAAAUUAAGCAGCAUUAAACAUUUCGAAAAUACUUUAUCCUAG